AUGGGCGCGCUCCGAACCACGACGACGACUCGGACGACGCUGUUGCUGCUGUCGCUCGCGCUCGCUCAGCACGGCGCUGCGUCAGCGCCCGAUGCGCCCGAAGCGCUCUCGUUUCUCGAUGCGUCCGCCUUCUGCGCCUACCACUGCUCGUCCACGCUGCUGUCGCCGUCUGCGCAGUGCGUCACGUCGCGUUGCAGUCGGCACCGCGCGCUACAAACCCUCGGGGAGUCGCAGCCGGCACAAAUUGACGUGCUGUCGUGCCAGGACGUCCAGCAGAACGAGUCUGCUCUAUCGUUCGCACUCACGCUCGCGGCGGCAGACAAAGCCGCGGUGUUCCAGGGAUUCCAUGACGCGUUUUUCCACGCGUACGACGCGAUGCUACAGGGCACGAAGGUGAAGAGCGACGCGUGCCAGUUGGCGUUUCUCCAGGAUAAGCUACUGCCAACUUUUAUGCAUUUGGACAGAGAAGAGCAAGAGCAAGAGACUGUGCCGAGAGCGCGGCUGGUGACGCUCAAGGCGUUGGUCGCUGAAGCUGAUCGGGAUCGAGAGUGUGUCGUUGCAUUACGAGAUGUAUGGGGAGUCGAUGCAACGCAGGAAAUGCCGUUGCUGACCAGGAGGGGAGAUCGAUUGGGGGACAAUACGGUUUUGCUCGUACAUGCAGACGACGAGACAGUGGAGAAGAUUCAAGCGCUCGAGUGCGUGGACGUUGUGCUGGAUUUGCCAAUGAUUUUGAAGCUCAUGCCUUUUGCACGGAGCGCUGCUCAUUUAAGUGACAGGAUGAGAAAACAGGCGAAGGAUGACAAUGUAUCACUGACGGCACCUGGUCUGGAGAUUCGACUAGUUCAGACGGCUGAUUUGCAGUCCGUUUUGACUUCAUUUGAAGAGCAAGCAGAGAAAAGCUUUGGCCUGCUCAAUGUGUUUGAAACGAACGAAAACCAGCCAAGAUCGAUUUUUACGAAACCGCUUGAGGAUUUAGCAACGUGGACAAAUGUGCUAGCUCUUGCUGUAGUUGCGAGGUCAGUUGAGUGGAUUGAUGAACGACACAAGAUUACGGAGAAUCUGCUGCGCGGUGAAGAGAAGGAGCGUUGGAUGAAGUUGCAAAACCAUCGACGCUUGGAUGCUUUCGUGCCAAGUCUAAUAGGCGUGGACUCGGCGCGAGAGGCUGGCAUCCGUGGGAACGAUGUCAUUGUUGGUAUUACAGAUACGGGGCUGUAUUUGUACCACGAUCAGUUUGAUCAAGACGAUCGCGAUGUGUUUUCGGGUAUGGUAAUGUCGGCUCGGAAGGUGGUCAUGUACAACGCCUGGGCAAAUAGUGCAGAUGAAUCGGAGACAAUCACUUGUGGCCACGGCACCCACGUUGCCGGAAUUUUGGCCGGGAGUUCUUUAAGUGGCAAUUAUCCCAAUUUAGGGAUUGCCGACAAGGCGCGAAUUGCAUUUAUGGACAUUGGGACGCAAAGCGAAGCCUGUGCUGGACAGUUAAAUUGCCCUGUGUCGCUCGCUACACCGGCGGAUGCCAGUGAUCUAUUGAAAAGUCAAAUUGACGUCGGCGCCAGAAUUUUUUCGUUUUCGUGGGGCACGCCUGGAUCAGAUUACAGCUCACAAGCCAGAGAUUUGGACGCGUUUAUAUAUGCGAAUCCAGAGGUGCUUGUAGUCGUUGCGGCAGGCAAUAGCGGCGAGUCUACUAUUACCGGUCAGCGCACUAUUUCGUCCCCAUCUGGUGCGAAGAAUGUGAUCUCUGUUGGUGCAUCCCUUAAUUCUGCAGAAACGUUUCUAGAGUUUGCGUGCUCCGACAUCUUUAAUGAGCGUACCGUUGCGUCGUUCUCAUCGGCAGGACCAACAACCGACGGUAGAAUGAAACCGGACGUUGUGGCACCUGGAAUGAGCCUUACGUCAAGUCAAUCGGAGGCGCCAGGAUCAACGCAAGAAAGUGUAGCUACGUGCUCACUUCAAGGCUCGUCACAAGCCACGCCGGUGGUCACUGGCGUUGCUGUGCUUCUUUAUGAAUGGCUCCGCGAUGGUUGGUGGAAGGACGGCCGCAAGAAUCCUGCUUUCUCCAUGAGUACGGUUCCUGCUUCAUUGCUGAAAGCAUUGAUUAUCCAUAGCGGAGAUUCCUUGCAAAAGCGGAUGGCCGCAUUACCAGCUGAUGGUGUUGUGUCCUGUCUCAGUCUAACCUCGGACGCCACUGAUGUCACCUUUCCAGACGUCUACCAGGGCUAUGGUAAACCAAAUCUUACAAACAUUGUGGAUUUUCCUAUGCUCAGUGGAAAUCGUAGCCAGAACGGGAGCAGCAGUAGUGCUCUACCGUCUCUGUAUUUCUUGCCGAAUUCGACGGAAAACAGUGAGCCAGCAGUCGCUCACGGGGGCGAGAUUGUAAUCUCGUUUACAGUGGCUCGCGAUGUUGAUUUGCGUGCAACCCUUGUGUGGACUGACCCACCGGGGUCGACACAGGCGACAUCUCAGUUGCAGCACGAUCUGGAUCUCAUCGUUCGCGUUCGGAACGGAAGCCGAACAUUUGGCCCGCUAACAGCUGACUCGAACACAGGGAGGGAUUCGAUAAACAACGUUGAGAUGGUGCUGGUGUCUUACGCAGAUCUUCUCGCUACUGUAGGUGGCAGCAAUCGAAGCAGCAACGUAAAUGGUAGCAGAGCAAAUAGCUCGGCACUUGGAGACAAUGGAGAAAUUUUGGUUGAGGCCGUAGUCUAUGGCCGCAGUGUGCUGCUGGCAGACUAUCAGAAAUUUGCUUUUGUGGCGUCUUCCAGUGCCAUUGGUUCUACGUCUGGAUCAGCAGAUACUAGCGGCGGCAAGUCUUUUUGGUCUACGUGGGGAAUUGCACUUAUCGUCGGCGGCGCGCUUGUGGUGCUUAUCAUCAUUGCGUUAGUGACGCGCAAGUUCUGCGGUCAGCGAAGAAGACGUCGUAGCUUAAGGCAUGAGCAAGAGGAAUACCCCGCGCAGGAUGGGAUCGCUGAAGCUGCGUAUUAUCCAGCUUAUCAGGCGGCAACUCGUGCGACUGGCGAAAGUCGAUGCCCUUACUGCUCAUUCGUAAGUCUUGACGCUGUGACGAUGGUCGCUCACGUGGAGGCUGCUCAUGCUAGCAACGGGCCUGACCCGGUCGCUGUGUUGGGAGGCAGCAGGGUAUAUGGCUUGGAACCGGUAGUUCCUGUAGUGACAGUGACGACCAGCCCGAUACCUCCUCACCUGCCGCUGACUGAAGUACGUAGCUCUGCAGAAUACGAGAAGCAAGAAUGUCCGCAUUGCCGCUAUAUAGCGCCCAACGCUGUCAUUCUAGUGAAUCACGUUCAGCAGAUGCACGGUCAGUAG